AUGACGACGCCUAAUGUUCUCGCGUUCGAGCCUGACGGUCGCCCCAUCGAGUUCGUUGAGUGGCUCGACGAUCUCCAACUGUUCCUUCUGAUCGAUGCCAAAGACGGCGUUUCACUGUUCGAUUACGUGUCUGGCACUGCCGUUGCUCCUGCUGCCGAUGCUCCUGCUCUCGAACGCUCGCAAUGGCAGACUCGCGAUGCUGCUGCACGCCUAGCUAUUAGGAACCAUCUGCAGAUCAUUGAGCGCACCAAUUUCAGCCAGCACAAAACUGCUAAGACACUGUACGACGCUGUAGUUCCAUGCUACUCCUCCCCGGCCUCUGCAGCCCUAGCCCUAGACCCUACCACUCUCAUUGUCGACAACUUCGAGAAGCACCUUCUCGUAGAAGAGAAGAACAUCCUCGCUGUAGGUGCUUCUCGUGGUACUCCUCGCUCUCCUCUCUUGGAGGGGUGCUCCCCCUCCCCUCUUACCCCCUCCUACGCCUCCGCAGCUGCUGCUCUCGACUACCUUGGUGCUGAGGAGGUCGGGGCUGCUUCCGCUCCUAGUGGGAAGCGCCUCAGCGGCAGGGGCGGCAAGGGUGGCAGGGGAGGUGGGGGUGGCGGUGGAGGUGGCGGUGGUGCAGGCGGUGGGGGAGGUGGAGGUGGUGGGGGUGGUCGUGGGAGUGGAGGUGGUGGAGGUGGUGGUGGGAACGGCGGAGGCACUGGGAGCGGUGGAGGUGGCAGCGGCGGUGGUGGGGGAGGAGGGAGCGGUGGUGGCAGUUGUGGUCCUCGCGCUGAUCGCCAGUGCACAGGGUUUCACACUGGGUCCCGCUGCUUCGCUCGGCUUAGCGUCGCUUGCCGCGUCAAUUUUCCUGAUGCUACUAAGUUCCCCAACUGGGCAGACCUGCUUAGGCGUGAUGUACCUAUCUUUGAUCUUGACUAUGAGGCUAUUCUUGCUGCCAUGUAUGCAUUGACUGUUAGUGCUGAGGGUGACUGCUACUUGUGUGUGUCGCCGGACCCCUGUAUAGCCCCUGGUAUAGCCUCUGCAGCACUAGGUGCUUGUGAGUCUGUUCCCCCUGGUACUACGUCCCCACAGGCCUUGCACACCUUUACACUUGACUCUGGUGCUUCCCGCAGUUUCUUUCGCGACAGCACCACAGUCACUCCCCUCCCUGCACCUGUUCCUGUCUCACUGGCUGACCCCUCUAGGGGCCCAGUGCUUGCACGGUCUUCCACUCUGCUUCCGUGUCCGGCGGUCCCGUCUGGUGAGUUGUCUGGUCUCCACCUCCCCUCGUUCUCUACGAACUUGGUGAGCAACGCUGUCCUCUAG